UGAGGUCUCCGAGAUCAAUUCAGAGUUAGCAAGUUAACCUUCCUCAAUCUCCUGUCGCAUCCAACGUUGUAUGUGUAUUUGCUUAGAAAAUUAUAUUAUAAAAAUUAUUAAAACAUUUGCAUGAUUAAGCAAUCAAUUGUUUUAAGAAAAAUCACGAAGAACAGCUAAAGAAUUAUCAAGAUUUAAUCUAGUCUACAAAACGAUGUCUGCUGAAGAAAAUUUCGAACAGUUUGAAGAUGAAGAAGCAGAAAUUCCUAUUGGUGGGACUCUGCCUGGUGGUAGAAAACGUCUCUUCUCCAAAGAACUACGCUGCAUGAUGUAUGGCUUCGGCGAUGAUCAGAAUCCUUAUACAGAGAGCGUUGAUUUCUUGGAGGAUUUGGUUAUCGAAUUUAUAACAGAGAUGACACAUCGAGCUAUGGAAAUUGGACGUACAGGACGAGUUCAAGUAGAAGAUAUUGUAUUUUUAGUGAGGAAAGAUCCCAGAAAGUAUGCCAGAGUGAAAGAUCUUUUAACAAUGAAUGAAGAACUUAAGAAAGCAAGAAAGGCUUUCGAUGAGGUUAAAUAUGCAGAAUAACGUCAUUGAUUCCUACACCUUGGUAAGAAGAACCGCACAAUGCCAGAGGAAUAUGAUGCGCAGAAAUAUAAUCGUGGAUGCGUUUCACACGUGCUUUAUGACCCACGACGUGCUGCGGAAUACAAUCCUUCAGGAUGGCAACGUUAUGUGCGAUUGGUUCCUCUUCAAUUCGUAAGAUAUUCUUGGUGUGUUCGAUCGCCGUCGUUAAUAAUUGCUUCU